AUGAAACCCUCAUCCAGAGCAGGCCAGUUUCUGAACGGCAGCGGCCCUGCUACAGGCAGCCCGAACGCUAGCGGGCCGGAGCAGUGGUCAGGGGCGACAGCCCCCAGACGGCGACGGAUCUAUGGCAUCCUUCGGCCCCUGUCGCCGCCGCGCGAUGCGCGCGGCGCGGCCGGCCAGGGCGGCAGGGAGGCGGGGCUUGCAAGUGACAAUGAGGGCGCGGGUGCUAACCAGCCAGAUGGCGCCGACCGGUUUGAGCCUGCGGCCCAAAAGGCAAGGCCGGCGGUUUCGGUUGACCUGCGGGGUAUGGUCCAACACAGCAACCCCGUCGACUCUCCGCCCAGCACGCCCGCCGCGCAGCCGUCGACGCCGCCGGCCGCCACACUGCCGCAAAGCGCUGCGCAGCAGCGGUUGGAGGCGAGUCAUGGGUCGUCAGCCCGCAGGUGCCCUGAAAUCUUGCCUUCCUCAGGAGUGCAGGUGGCGGCGCUUGUGCCCUCAUCGCGUUGCGCCCCGGCAGCGGCAGAGCAGCGGCAGCAGCUGCAGCAGCGGCAACAGCAGCAGCAGCAGCAGCAGCAGCAGCAGCAGGCAGGGGGCCAGCAAGAAAAGGAAGACGAUCUGCAGCAGCGCCAAAAGGAGCUGGACAAUGGGCUGAGGACGCCAGAGCUGCCACCCCCAAAAGGUCUCCCUGUGCCUGUGCUGCAAGCAGCCUUGGCGGCGCCUGCUGAGGCGUUGGAUGUGUGGCAGGGCCAGUCAGAGCCACCAAAGCAUGCUGGGCGGGACAAGGUCCCAGCCAACGCAGACGCGGCAACCGCCCGACACGUGCGGGCGCCUGCCGCUGCCGCUGCCGCUGCCGCCGCCGGUGCGACGCCGCAACGGCAACCGCUGCCGCCGCCGGUGCCGGACCGCGGCCGCGCAAGCAGCAGCAGCAGUUACGGCAGCAGCGGCGGCGGCGGGGCCGGGGGCGGCAGCAGCAACAGCACCAGCACGAGUAGCAGCUUGGUCAGGAGCAGCAUCGAGGGGACAGACUGGCGUCCGCGUGUGCGCGUCUUGGAGAUCGCAGCUCAAUUCCAGACUGCUGCGUCCGCAGCUAUCACAGCCGGCGGCGGUGGCGGCGCUGCAGCUGCAGCUGCCACAGGCGCGGCCGAGGGCUGCGCCAUGGGGCCGCCGCGGCGGACAAGGAGCGCACCCGAGCCGCGGCGC